GCCGCCCACCCUGAGCUGUGUACUUUAGGGGAAAGGAGGACAUUAGGCUGCAGAAUUGUUAAUGAUCUUGUGUGCUCCAACUUUGCUGUUUCAAACAGUAAAAUUACAGUAGUUAGGCUACAAUACCAUAACACCAUUCUGUUUUACUGAGUGGGACACAAACCAUAUUCCUCUCCACAUGGGACACCAAUUUUAUUGGCUCUAAAGAUCCCCCAAAAGGUAUAGAUCAGCCUUCACGCUUUAGAGUUUACCCCCUUUACCCACUGCAAUACUUUCUAGCCACAUAGAAAAGCAUAGGUGCGUGAACGCCUGCAAUGCAAUCGCAACAUGAAAAUCAGCACCACAACCCUGCUUUUUAUUACCAUUUUUUACAUCUCCCCAUUUUAAUCCGCACUCAGAGACGGAUCCCGUUCUCAUCAAAGUACACAGCAAGCUCCCAUUAAAAUCUGGCUCUGCUAGUAUUUUAAUAACACUUAGACGUUCCCGUCCUUUGCAUAUUUCAUCUGCGAAGUGCUUUACACACAUGAAUUUCCUAAUUACAGGCGGACGAUUUUCUAAAACUGGAAAUUCCUCGCUAGCCCUCGCUUUCACUUUGAAGCUCCCGGAUUCGCUCCUGUCCCUCGGCACUUUGGACGAUCCCUCGACGCCGCCGGUCCGCGGCAGGGGCAGGGCACAGAGGAAGAGACACAGACGACGGCGACCCGCCUUGAAGUUUCCGCGCCGGCGAAUUUCGGCGCGGAGUGCCGGGGCGGCGCUGCCCGCCGGGGCGUGAGCCGGGGGGGGCGCCCACGUGGUGGGAGAGGAAAAACCCGGCGGCGGCGGGAGCCGGCAGAGAGAGCGCGGGCGGCGGCGGGCGGGAGCCGCUGUGCCGGGCUCGGCACCGGGCAGGAAGGGGUGGAGCGGCCGGCGGAGCGGCCGGGCGGGGUGCCGCGGGCGGGGAGGCAUCCCGGCCAUGCUGGGGCCGGGCGGGCGGGCGGCGCCGCGCCUCCCCUGAGCGCUCCCCAUGGAGCGGCUGCCCGGCCAGCCCUGAGUCGGCGGCCCCGGCCGCCCGCCCGCAGCUGCCCCCGAUGGAGCCCGAGGAGCGGAAGAUCUCAGUGUGGAUCUGCCAGGAGGAGAAGCUGAUCUCCGGGCUCUCCCGACGGACCACCUGCUCGGACGUGGUGCGGGUGCUGCUGGAGGACAGCCACCACCGGCGGCAGCGGCCGGCGCUGCCCGAGCCCGCCGGCGGGAUGCUGUCGGGGCCGCCGCACUCCUACUGCAUCGUGGAGAAGUGGCGCGGCUUCGAGCGGAUCCUGCCCAACAAGACGAAGAUCCUGCGGCUCUGGGUGGCGUGGGGGGACGAGCAGGAGAACGUGCGCUUCGUGCUGGUGCGCAGCGAGGCCUCGCUGCCCAACGCGGGGCCGCGCAGUGCCGAGGCACGGGUGGUGCUCAGCAAGGAGCGCCCCGGCCACGGCCUGGGGGCGGCCCGCGCCAGCCUGGCGCUCACGCAGGAGCGGCAGCGGCGGGUGGUGAGGAAAGCCUUCCGCAAGCUGGCCAAGAUCAACAAGAAGCGGCAGCAGCCGCUGGCCCGGGAGGCCUCGUCGGCGGAGAGGAUGGAGACGCUGGUGCACCUGGUGCUCUCGCAGGACCACACCAUCCGGCAGCAGAUCCAGCGGCUCCGCGAGCUGGACCGGGAGAUCGACAGGUACGAGGCCAAAAUCCACCUGGACCGCAUGAAGCGGCACGGCGUCAACUACGUGCAGGACACCUACCUGCUAGGGGCCGGCGGCGGGGAGCCGGAGCCGGGCCGGGAGGCCCAGCCCGCCGCCGGCCGCCCCGAGGAAGACUACGCCAGGAAGUGCGAGGAGGUGCUGCAGCUGCAGGAGCAGCGGGCGCAGCAGGAGGAGCUGCUGGAGCACCUGGCCGCCGAGAUCCAGGAGGAGCUCAACGAGCGCUGGAUGAAGCGGCGGCGGGAGGAGCUGGAGCUGGCGGCGGGGCCCGGCCUAGCCGAGACGGACUGCGACACCACGGAGCUGAGCGGCGGCGGCGAGGGCGAGCUGCACCUGGAGCACGAACGGGUGAAGACCCAGCUCAGCACCAGCCUCUACAUCGGCCUCAAGCUGAGCACGGACCUGGAGGCCGUCAAAACCGACCUGGACUACACGCAGCGGGCGUGGGAGGACAAGGAGCGGGAGCUGCAGCGGCUGCUGGAGACGCUGGGCACCCUGGACGUGGCGGAAGCGCCGGCGGAGCCGCGCGGGGCGGCGGGCGGGGGGCGGCCGGCGGCGGGGGGCGGCUGGCUGGAGCAGGCGCGGGGGCUGCGCAAGGACCGCGCCGACAACGACGAGGACUCGGACACGGGGCUGAGCUCCAUGCACAGCCAGGACUCGGACUCGGUGCCCGUCUGCGAGUCCCUCGUCUAGCGCCCGGGGAGAGCGGGCAGGCUGCGGCCCGGCUCCGCAGCGGCCGCGGUGCCCCCCCCCCGCCGCCGGGCAGCGCGGCCCCACCGCGGGGC